ACUCAACACAUUCAUUAUCCAACAAUUUGAAACCCAAAGACAAAAAAAAAAGAAAAAGAUUUACAGAUAGUUGUUUAUGGUAUUCCACACACAUAAAUUUAGAUUAAUAUGGAGGAUUCGUCUCUUCUUAGCCCAAUCUCUCUCUUCACCAUUGUCAUCUUCUUGUUCAUUCUCAAUCUCAUGAUGAUUAUUCAAGACGUCUCUUCUUAUUUUCCCUAUCGUUUCCAUCUCUUCUUCUCUAAUGCCUACAUUCUCUUCGCCUCACUAAGCAACAAUAAGCAGAAGACCGAGCUCCCAAUCAAAAAGAAAGCAUUCGUCCCGAACCGAGUAGUAAACAAGACGUCCGUGGAAGAAGUCAAAGCCAUGAUAGACGACUCGGAAGCUUUAUACGAACGUUUGAUAGAAGAAGGAGAAGAGUACUUGUUUGAGAAAAAUGAGAUGAUGAGUAAGGAGUUAGUGAAAGAGGCGUUUAGGUUAUUUGAUGAAAAUCAAGAUGGGUUUAUAGAUGAAAAUGAGUUAAAACAUGUGUUGAGUUUGUUGGGAUAUAAUGAGUGUACAAAGAUGGAGUGUAGGAAGAUGAUUAAGGUUUUUGAUGAGAAUGGAGAUGGGAACAUUGAUUUUUAUGAGUUUGUGAAGCUCAUAGAGAAGAGCUUUUCGUGA